UGCGUCCUGCCGAGCAGUCCUUAUCCAUGGAUCUGAUCCGAAGCUUCCACGCGAAGCUACGGUCUCUGGCCAUCACCCUCGACAGCGAGACGGCCCGGCUGCAGCGAGCGCUGGACGGAGAGGAGAGCGACAUUGAAGAUUAUCCAGUGAGAAUUUUAUGUGACCUUCUUUCUGAAGUCCAGACUCUAAAGGAUGAUGUCAUUCUUCUUCUUGAUAAAGCAAGUUCGGAAAGUCAAGAAAGCAUUGGUUUCAUAAAGGCAACAAAAGUACUAAUGAAAAAAAAUUCAAUGGAUAUCAUGAAAAUAACGGAGUUUUUCCAGAAGUAUGGAUAUAACCCGCGUGCCAAGGAAAGCUCAGCGGAUGAACAAGAAAUCACUGACUCUGACUCAGAGUCCACUAAGCAUGAAAAUGUCCAAAUGCCUGAUGUGAAGGACAGUCUGUCCAAUCCUGCUGUUCCAAGCACUGCUAGUUCUGAGAAGUCUCCACGGAGUCCCCAACUUUCAGAUUUUGGGCUGGAGCGGUACAUGAUAUCCCAAGUUCCACCAAACCCUCCACAGGCAGUAAACGCCCAUGAAGAAGAGCCCAGAAUUGUAAUUCCAUCUUCCAAGCAGUCCGUAGUUAAAGUACUAAAAACUCCAAAAUGUGCCCUAAAGAUGGAUGAUUUUGAGUGUGUAACUCCUAAAUUAGAACACUUCGGUAUCUCUGACUGUACUGCGUGUUUGAAUGAAGAUUACACGAUGGGACUUAAAAAUAUGAAGGAGAAUAAAAGUGAGGAGGCCAUAGAAUCAGAACCGGUGACCAGUAAUCAUUUCUUUGCUACUCCUGGCCUCAUAAUCCAGCAGUUGAAAAAAAAUGAUGGCGACUAUACAGAUUCCCCCUUGGCACCCACGUUCUGCACUCCUGGUUUGAAAAUUCCUUCUACAAAGAACAGUAUAGCUUUGGGAUCCACAAAUUAUCCAUUAUCGGAAACAAAUAGUUCAUCAAACGAUUUGGAAAUGAAAGACUGUGCAUCGUUAGUUUUAAAUUCGGAGAAGUGUUUUGAGAGUUUUGCGGAUCCCUCUUCUCCCAUAAUUUCUUCUUACGAGAAUCUGCUGAGAACACCUACACCUCCAGAAGUCACUACCAUUCCAGAAGAUAUUCUUCAGAUUUUAUCAAAAUACAACUCGAACCUAGCUACUCCAGUGGCAUUGAGAGCCGUGCCACCCAGCAAAGUGUUCCUUGCCAAAUACGGAGCACCGAGCGUCCGAGGUGCUGGCAACAAAGAAAACUGGUGAAGAAAACUUUGCAAGUUUUGUAGACACAGAACAGAAGGUGGUGGAAGCGGGGCGGGAUGGACUCGUCGUGUAGCCCCACAUCUUCCCCCUUUUUCCAAACCAGCCCAGAGGAAAGAUGAACACGGA